GCUCUCAAACCCCUAUAGAGCUGCAGGAAUACGAGUUUUCUCGGGAAGUAGAUCGUAUUUUUCUGUAGGAUCGAAGAGAGGAGCAGUCCAUUGCAUUGAAAGAUCACGCAGUCCCAUUGGUUGCAUUUCGUGAAAGAGGUGUCACGAACUUGACGGAUCUUGCGCAUUACCUUCUGAGAACCAAUCACUACCGAGAUUCGAGACCACGUGAACCGAGCACAUGAAACUGUUGUCAACCCAGCCGUGCGUCGAAUUUGAAUGGAGGACAACUAGCGAAGCUUAAAGAAGGUUAAAGCUACGAUGACGGGGCGAGCCAGGGGUAGAAGUCGUGGUCGAGGGCGAGGAGGCGCGGGCGGCGAUGCCGCGCGAAGACCCGGGGAAGGAACACAGCAAAGCGCUCCUGAACAGGUUGCCCCGGUAGGACGUGGACGAUCAAGAGGCCCUCCUCCGGCUCAAGCAGCAGCUCCUGCCCCCCAACAACAACAAAAACCGGCUGCACCUCCGACUGAAGCCAUGGCAGCGAUGAGUGUCCGGCAAGAACAGAGACCUCCGGUGGGUACAACUGGAUCAGCAGAGCAGAGGCCUCCACGCCGUUCAAGAGACAUACCAAGCGAUCCUGCGACAAAGCCUGCGCACGUAGUUGACAAAAAGGGAGGCACUGGAAAAACUAUUCAGUUGGUAACUAACCAUUUUAGGUUGAUGACCAAACCAAACUUCGCUGUGUACCAGUACGACGUCAGCUUCAAUCCCGAGAUUGAAUCAAAACGGCUGCGCGUCGCUCUCCUCAAGAGUCAGAGUGCUGUCAUUGGCCAAGUGCACGCCUUUGAUGGGAGGAUGUUGUUUCUUCCAUUGCGGCUGGCAGAUCAAGUGACUAAGCUCAAUCUCGAAACGCGUAGCGGAAAUGCUGUAGAGAUGACCAUCACGUUAACUAAUGAAAUCCCUAAAGAUUCACCAAGCAUGCUGCAGUUGUACAACAUCAUCUUUCGCAGGAUUCUUAAAAACAUAGGCAUGCAGCAGGUUGGCCGAAACUAUUACCACAUCGAUCAUCCCAUUAUGAUCGACAAGUUCAAGUUGGAACUGUGGCCAGGUUAUACAACCUCUAUUAUGCCAUAUGAAACUGAAGUCCUUCUUAGUGCAGAUGUGUCGCACAAAGUUUUAAGACAAACGACUGUGCUAGAGUAUCUCUAUGAGCUCUACAAUACUGUAAAUCAACGAGAUUUCCACAGUACAGCCACGAAGAAGCUUGUGGGUCAGAUAAUCUUGACAAGGUACAACAACAAAACGUACCGCAUUGAUGACAUCAAGUGGGAUGUGUUUCCAUCUCAUACCUUCCAUGGCAGAUUCAAAGGGGUUGAACGCGAUAUAUCCUAUAUUGAAUAUUAUCAGGAGACAUAUGAGCGGACCAUUACUGAUAGGGAUCAACCCCUCCUUGUUAGUCGCUUAAAGAAACUUCCGGGCCAGAAAAUGAGAAUUCCUGAGGGUGAACUCUUUCUUGUACCAGAAUUGUGCUUCUUAACAGGACUAACUGACGAGAUGCGCAAUGAUUUCAUGCUCAUGAAGGAUCUUGCAGUUCAUACCAGAGUUGAUCCCAAAGCACGUAACCAGUCUCUUAUGAGGUUUAUGGGGAGCAUACAAAGUAAUGAAGAAUCAGCUGCUGAGUUGUCAGGCUGGAAUCUAGAGUUUGAAAAAACAACUCUAAACUUGCCUGGAAGAGUUCUUCCUGCUGAGAAGAUCUACCAGAAGAACAAGUCUUAUUCAUAUGACCCUAAGAGUGCUGAUUGGUCCAAGGAGAUGAGAGGCAAUCCCCUUCACAGUACUGUGAACUUGGAGAAUUGGAUUCUCGUCUACACUCAAAGGGACACUGGAAAUGCAAAGGAUUUUUCACAGACUUUGAGGAAGGUUUGCGGUCCUAUGGGAAUCAGUGUGGCCAACCAUAUCGAUUGCCCAAUUCAGAAUGACCGCACAGAAACCUACUUAAGUGCUAUUAAAAAUAAUGUCAGUCCUGCGUUGCAAAUGGUAGUCACAAUUUUAACAACCAACCGCAAAGACCGUUAUGAUGCCAUCAAGAAGUUGUGUUGCUUGGAGAAGCCAGUGCCAUCUCAGGUGAUUGUAGGUCGUACCAUCUCAAAGAAGCAGAUGUUGAUGAGUGUUUGUACCAAGAUUGGCAUCCAACUCAAUGUUAAACUUGGGGGUGAAGCUUGGGCAGUGGAAAUUCCUCUGCAAAGGACUAUGGUGAUAGGAAUUGAUUGUUAUCAUGAUUCAUCAACGAAAGGCCGUUCUGUUGGUGGAUUUGUUGCCAGUAUGAACAAAACCUUGACUAAGUAUUAUUCCAAGGUAAGCUUCCAACACACUGGUAUGGAGCUCAUUGAUCAAUUGAAGACGAACAUGACAGCCGCUCUUAGGAGAUACCAUGAGGUAAACGGUGAUUUGCCCGAGCGAAUAAUCAUUUACCGUGAUGGCGUGGGUGAUGGACAGCUGCGGCUUGUUGUGGAACAUGAAGUCCCACAGCUGAAGGCAUCCUUCCAAGACAUUUCGGGUGGCUACAAACCCAAGUUUUCGGUCGUCAUUGUGAAGAAGAGGAUCAGUGCCAGGAUUUUCCACAGAUCUGGAGAUGCUGUUAAUCUGACAAACCCACCUCCUGGCACUGUCGUUGAUUCUGAUAUCACGCGCAAAGAAUGGUAUGACUUCUUUCUUGUCAGCCAGUCCGUUCGUCAAGGAACAGUGUCCCCAACCCAUUACAACGUGAUUGAGGACAGCUCCGGGUUGACACCAGACCACUUCCAGCGCUUGACAUACAAGCUGACUCACUUGUACUACAACUGGCCGGGCACCGUUCGUGUACCAGCUCCAUGCCAGUAUGCCCACAAGUUGGCGUUCCUUGUUGGACAGUCGCUGCACCAAGCUCCCAGCGGGGAGCUGGCGGACAAACUAUUUUUCCUUUAGAAGGUCUUUUCAGAAAAACACGCCGACGUUUCAUUUUGUUUCGAUAGCAUUCUUUUUCAUCGAAACAUUCUCCGGCAGCGUCCAUAAGAAGAACAAGUUUAUAGUUGGAAACGAGUGAACUUCGUUUUUUGCGUUGCAUGAUGUUUAUUGAAUUUAUUUUGAAUCUUUAGAGAUAAGAAACUCUCAAAGCUUUUAUGGAAUUUAGAACACCGUGAUUUUGCCUGAUUUAAGAAUUAAAGUGACAAGUACAUAUCCAAAAAAUUAGAUUUCUUUUUCAGACAAGAUAAUAUCACUCUUAUAUUUCUAUUUUUGUAGAAACUUUAAAGGAAGGGUGGUGACGUUACUGUUGUAUUAAAUUGUUUAACAUUUA